AUGAACUUCACUGUGCAAGAUAAUCCUGUACUCUGUGUUGGUAUUCUCACCUGCUUUUUUCUUGUUCUUGUGGUCCGCUAUCUCAGAAGUCCCUGGCGCAAACUCCCGCCGGGGCCUCCGGGGUACCCCGUCCUCGGUAACGCUCUUCAACUGAAAGACAAGCAAUGGCUCUUGUUCAGCUCAUGGCGCAAGACAUACGGUGAUAUCAUAUACUUGAACGCCGCGGGGCAGCCGGCGGUUAUCAUCAACAAGCCCAGCAUCGCAUCAGAAUUGCUUGACCGCCGUGCCGGCAUAUACUCUGACCGACCACCAAACAUUGUUGGCUGCGAGAUCAUGACGGGCGGCCUUCUCUUCGCCUUCGCAAGCUACAGUGAUACCUGGCGUCGAAUGCGCAAGGGAGCGCACGAGUCCGUGAACAAGGUCGUGGUGCACGACCUUGACGAGUACCAGCUCUCGGAGGCCCUGGGCCUGGCAAGGAGCGGCGUGCAAGAUCCUACGGCCUGGGAUGGAUAUCUGCGCCGGGCUGCUGCAAGCCUUAUGCUUUCGAGCCUGUACGGAGAGCGCCCGCUUGAAAGCGAGCGAGAUCCCCGUGUGGUAUAUAUCAACGCCCUUAACGAACAACUCUCCAACUCUUUCGCGCCCGGUGCCUAUUGGGUCGAGAUGAUGCCCUGGAUGCGCCACAUUCCCAGUAGGUUUGCGGCGUGGAGACGCACGGCUGAGGAAUGGAACAGGACUGCGAGUAACGAGUUUCUCCGGCUGUUCGGGCGCGUGCGAGACAAUAUCCUGAAUGGGCAGGGCAAGACCUCAUUCUGCUCCACUCUUCUUGACGAGGCCGACCGGUAUGGUCUUAACGAUCAGGAGAAGGCGUGGCUUGCGGCCACCCUGUACGCAGCAGGCGCGGAUACGACUGCUACGGCCAUGAGCUGGUGGACACUGGCGAUGUUGGCUUAUCCGGAUGUGCAAGUACGAGCACAACAAGAGCUAGACGCGGUAGUGGGACGCUCUCGCGUGCCCACCUUCGCGGAUAUGCCUCAUCUGCCGUACAUCUGCGCUAUAGUUAAGGAAAUUCUCCGCUGGCGUCCAGCUGUACCUCUCGGGCUUGCACACCGGAGCAGCGCGGAUGAUGUUUAUGACGGGUACUUCAUCCCGAAGGGGACGAUGAUCAUUGCCAAUGUGUGGGAGCUAAACCGUGAUCCUGAGACUUACGGUCCCGAUAGCUACCAGUUUAACCCUGCACGCUAUUUGGACGAGAAGGGUAGACUGAUCUCGGGCCCACCGGGUACGAAGGAAGAUGGUCAUUUUGCUUUUGGCUUUGGAAGACGCGUUUGUCUCGGCAAACACGUUGCGACCAAUAGUAUGUUCGCCCAGAUCGCGACGUGUCUUUGGGCAUCUACCUUGUCCAACGUCCAGAAUCAGACUAUCGAUGUGAACGCAUUCCUCGACGAGGGCAUCAUCGCUCGCCCCAUGCCUUUCCAGGUCGACAUUCAGCCUCGCUUCCCUGAAGCGACCGUGCUGCUCGCUCAAGAAUGCGAGCUCCGCGGCCGUUGA